AGGCCCCGCAUAAUUCACGAUCGUUUAUAGUCCAAGUUUAGUUUUACUCGGCUCUUAGCUGCUAGUCGUCCUCCUCCGGUACUCUUCUUCAUCUCAAGCUUUACAUAGUAUUUCUUUCGUUUUCUUCUCUCUCACCCCUGUCAAUCUUCGAGACGUGGUUUCCAAGACUAAAUUCUUUGGACGGAGCUCCUCUCAUUCUUCUUUUAGAAAAAGAAGGCUAGCCGCUCUGAUCGUUUGCCGCGAUUUUUUCACAUCUCUUAAUUUCUCGACUAAUCUAUCGAGUGGUUUUAAUUUUUUCCUCGGCAUUUUCGUUGAACAUUAUCAUGUUAGGAAAAUCGACUAUUUUUAUCGUUACAGUUCUCCUCACAUUCGGAGUAUUUGUAAGAACGUGCGACAAUGAUCAGAUGCGAUCGGGAUGCAGAAUUGUCGAACGUCAGUGCGGAUGUGGCUUUGGAUGCAAAGCUGAAUUUAGAUACGACAGCAUGGAGGCUUGUCGUAUGGCCCUUAAAGGAGGAAAGCAUGACAUAUGCAGUCACCAAAGACCAUGUUUGCACGAAGGCAGUUGUUUGCAAAUAUCCCAAGAGCCAGGAUUCAAGUGCCGAUGCGAGGGUACCGGAUAUCAUGGACCUCAGUGUGACAAACCUUGCCCGCGACCGAACAAUCCUCACUUUCGUGGACCAUUUCCCUACGAGUGCGUUGUCAUCUGAUGCGAGCCGUUAUAUUCAUCUCUGUUGCAGUCGUUGAAAACCAUCGAAUUUAUCACAAUUAAAUCGUAUUUACUUGCCUAGAACCAAAACACACACACACACACACACACACCAUCAAAAAAUUUAGAGAUCGAACAUUUUUGUACAUACCCACGAAUAAAAUAAAAGGAAAAAGUGUAAGUGGAAGAAAAAGAAA